AUGCCAGACAUGACUUCUGGCGUCGAUAAAACUUCUACCGAAAUCAACGUUAUCAUCUUUGGCGAGACUGGCUCCGGUAAAUCAACACUGAUCAAUUAUCUAACGAAUUUAUUUCAUAAUGGUUCUUUAACAAAUCUCAAAGUCUCUAUUCCAACACAGUAUUUGCAAUCGAAUGUAGCAGAACAUUGCACAAAUGACAUUGCAUGCCAUCCAACAGAUCAUUGUCGAAAAUAUCAGUAUAAAGUGAAAGGAGUUUAUUUUAAUUUCUAUGAUACAUCGGGCUAUUCAGUCGAGAAUGAUAAUCUCGAGAAAAUAUUUCAAUGCUUAAAAGUACUCGAUCAUCUGACCGCGUUAGUACUUGUAGCGAACGGAACACAAGCUCGAUUAACCAUCAAUAUCAAACCUAUUCUUCAACGUUUUCAUGAAUACAUACCCGAUAUAUUUCAUAAAAAUCUAAUCGUCAUUCUGACUCAUUGUACAUCGCAUACAGUUAAUUUCGAUACAGUGAAAUUCUUUCAACAUGUGCCAAGAUUCUAUAUGCAAAAUUCAGCAUUUUCAUCUGAUCCUCAAGCAUGGUCAAGGCAAACACUCGAUAUUCUCGAAUAUGAUUGGACGCGAGGUAUCGACACAAUGAAUGAAUUUAUUAAAUGCUUACUUUUAUUAACACCGAUUGCUACUCGAUGUUUGAUCGAAAUGCAACGUGAUCGCGAUACGAUUCGAAGUAUUCUCCAUGAAAGUCGUCUGACUAUGAUAGAAUUGCAAUCGAUUGAAGAUGAAUUGAUUACAUUAGAAGAAACCUCUCGUAUUCACUCAGUAAAUCUCCAAAAACAAACAACACAAACAAAAACUAUUCAAGUCAAUGAAAUUGUUUUUACACCAUAUCAUAAUACUUUAUGUUUACAAUGCAAUACUGUUUGUCAUGAACGAUGCUCGCUGAUGGAAACGACACAAAUAGGUGCGAACGCUUUUCGACGUUGUACCGUGAUGAAUAGUGGACGAUGUACACGAUGUGUUGGACAUUGUUCAAGCGACAUGCAUUAUCACGAUUGCCGUUUAAUUAAGCCGGUUUCUCGAACAUUAAAAUACACGAUACCGACAUUAUCAAAUGAUUCGACUGAAGAAAAGUGUAGAACAAUUCAACAAACGAAAGAUUUACUUGAACAACUGCUGCAAAAUCAAAUCGAGAAAAUUCGUAAAACCUGUCUGCAUCUGAAAACUCAUUGUCAGAGUUUUAAUCUAGUAGAGGAAUUGUAUACAUUCAUCCAACUUCUAAACAAUGAUCUAAUAGCAAUAAAAUCGACAUCGGCAAUAGAAAGGACAAGAAAAGUGAUUAAAGAACUACAACUACUUGCUAACGGUAAUUCUCCAAUGAGAAGUUCAUCAUCAACAUCGAAGUACGCGAAAUGUACAACUGAACAGUUAAUUGAUAUAACUGGUCGACUAUUGAAAAAGCAUUUUAUGAUGAUUGACGAACUGCAUCAACGAUGUCAAGGAAAUUCCAUAUGUUAUUUAUCCUCAGCACAAUUAUUAACAUUAUGUGAAUAUUACAGAUCAUCUCAACAGUUGGAUAUCGAAAAACUGACCACACUUCGUUCUAAACUUCAAUCUGAAAUCGAACAACUAACCCAUUCGAAUCCACUGAAGAUUCUCUCGGUCCCUGUUGAUAAGCUAUUACAUUUAACUGCGAUCAGACUAUGUUUACAGCAUAUUAAUGUGCACGACGAAGAAGUAAAUUUAUUAGAUAUUUUCUCACACCGUGAUUAUAAAAGAACAGAUCAAUAA